CUACUCCCAACCUGUCCCCGACCGGCCUUCCUCUGUUUCUGCGAUUCGCACUCCUCUGCCUCCACCACCGUCACCACGGCCGCUUCCUGCCCACAGUCCUUGGGUCCACAAUUUCCCCCACUAUGCAGCUCCAUUCCAUAUGCCUGCUCCUCACCUGCCCCCGUUUCCCUACAAUCUGCACCACACCGUCCCGUUGCACUACCCGGCCUACAUGUGCCCCGCCUCGUGGCAUCCGCAUGCGGGUCAACAUGCACCAAUUUGGCCAUGGUCAUGACCCGUCUUUUCCACACUACAUGUACACCACACCACCCGCAUCAUUCGCGACGCCACUGAACAACCCACCAUCAAACAUUGCCAUGCCUGUGAUGGAAGCGACACAUCCAUACAACUCCUAUCCCGUCAUGGCAGCUGCCCACAGUCUUCAGGGUUGUACUGCCACACCACCUCCCACGGUUGAGCCAUCAUGUGGGCCGUCGCUGGGUGGGGACCAUAACGGACCGUGCAAUGGAAUGAAUACGGGGCGUCACCUGUCUCAUGCAACACCAUCUGCUGGCACUCCGGUUGCUGCAGGUAGCGCUGGGAUACAGGCACACGAAACCGGAUACCAGAAUCGAGUGGACGGUCCGUUUCCUAUGCCUGGUGAUGUGGGGGAGGUGCGAGCCCAGUCAACACUCCGAAGAUGCGUCUUGCAGGCCCCGACGAGGCCAUCGUUCGAUUCCACAAGUGGCGAACAAGGUAGUGGGCGCACCGAUGCACGUCAUUCGCUACACGUCCCCGAUUCACGUAUCGAGGACGUUGUAUUAGACGACACACCGGCGGUCGCUGGCCUCUCCGAGGACGCUGAGCCCAUCGUUGCCAAAGAUGAUGAUGUAAAUGCGGAUGCCGCGUGCUUGGGAAGACUUAUGAGUUUCCGGGACUCGCCAACAGUGGGAGGCAGUUCCUCGUCGCGUGUGCAACAUCCUCAGAGUGAGCCGACUGUGGCGACCAGAGCGUGUGUUAUAUCAAGAAGGAAGAGGAAGCGUACAAACAAGGUUGCUGCAUACGAGUCCUCGGAUCGAGAGGCAUUCUCGUCAGACGACGAGGUGGUCAGCCCGGAUAUGGAAAUGCGGACCACACCACCCACGCAAUAUGCGAUCACUGGCGAUGUGCGACCGUUGCAGGUGGGAUGUCAUUAUGAGUCCAUGGACACCCUGCGUGAAACAGUCCAGUUUGUCGCGUUUGCGAAGGGUUUUCAAUACAAGCGGAUUAGAUCACACCGCACCCGGCCGUUAAUUGUGUUGGACGGGGAUAUUAGGGGGAAGUACGAGUGCUGCCUUCUCGGCGGAACUGCACGAGACGCGAACGGCCAGUGUCUCCCCGUUGUGUAUGCAGUUGUUGACGCAGAGAACCAAAAGAAUUGGAAAUGGUUUUUGGUUCUUCUGAAGCGUGUCUGUGAUGCCGCUCAUGUGCCUCACGGCAUAAUCACGAUAAUGUCCGACCGCGACAAAGGUCUCAUUCCAGCAGUGAGUGAAGAAUUUGGUGAUGAACGCCACGUGUAUUGUGUCCGUCACGUGAGCGAUAACUUGCUAAAGAAUCUGAGGGUCAAUAGAGAGCAGGCAAAGAUGCUCCUUGAAGUAGCACAAAGCACCAGCGAACCCGUGUUUGACUACUUCAUGCAGCGCGUUGCAGAUUUUUCAAAGGACAAGAACAUUGUGAAGAAGAUCUUUGCGAAAGCAGACAAGAGACACUGGGGAGGUCCUCAUUUUCAUGCGCCAAGAUAUGGGAAGGUGACGUCGCAAGUUGCGGAGUCAAUGAACAAUAGAUUCUUCAGGGCUCGGGGGUUGCCGCCGAUUCCACUUAUCGAGGAGUACCAUGGUUGGUUGCAAAAAUGGUACACGGAGAGAAGAGAUUGGGCAGUUGCGCAGGUGGGGGAACACCCUGAGGUCGUGGAAGACAUCCUCACUGUCACUUUGCAGUUGGCGAGGAUAUAUUCCAUUCGAAAAGCCGCACGCCGUAGGUGUAGAACACCGAGACCUGCUGGUGGAGUGCGCCCUAGCGACGUGCAUGUUGCAUGUGAUGUCACCAGUGAACGUGCUGGUCCGACACGGCUUCAUGGUCAUGAGCGCUUCGGGGACGAGCACGAUAACCUUGGUGUCUUCAAUGAAACUGUUCUUGAUUCACAAGGCCUCGUACACGCAGCGCACGAGCAAGAAGGCUUUUUCGAGGACGAGGGCGUGGCUGGAAAUAACUGCGACGACAGUGAGGACGCCGAUGACGAUGAGGACGGUGGCCGUGAGGAUGACGAGCGAGAGGUUGACGACAACGAACUCGACGAGGGCGAAGAUGCGGGAGAGAACAAGGACAAGGGGGAGGAGGAUAAAGAGAGCGAGGACAAGGGACAAGAAGCAGAUAGAGAGGUAACGAACGAGGACUGGAAUGAGGAGAAAGUUGACAUCGUCGGGGUACUAGGGGAAGUGGAGGUCCGACCACGUAACAGAAAGCAGGAUGACAAUGAGAAAGGGAAGGAGAAGGUUGCUGACGCAGAGGUGGUGGACCUCUGUGGGGAGGAGGAGGAUGCUGAAGGCUGUGACGACGAACGUUUGUCACAAACAGACAAGGACUCCAAUCGUCGUGACUCCAACUGGGCCACAACGAAUGAACAGCAGCCUCAACAAGCAUGUACCUCGAAGACGAAGCUGGAGCAAUGGCGUUGCAGGUAAGUGAUCCCUGGCCUCUGCCCAUCAUCUCUACCACUACCUAGCUAUGGCGCCCAACGCC